UGGGACUUGGCCGCGCUCGGGUGUGCGGGAGGAUUCGCAGCACUCGAGUGAAUUCGGUGGAGCUCGGGUCGGCGGGAGGAUUCGGCAGCACUCGAGUGAAUUCGGCGGCGCUCGCCGAAGGGACGAUGGAAGCGAAGGGGCUCGGCAUGGAGUCGCCUGAAGUGACGGAGGUUUCGGUGAUGGGGGAAGAGCAGAUCGACAUGGCCGAGCAGCUGCCGAGCUCCGACGAGGCUGGCUUCGCAGAGGUGACAACGGUGACAGUGGCGAGUAUGACUGGAACUGCUGAUAAUGUUUUCACAACGUCUGUUGCAAAUGCUUCCAUAUCAGAGCAUGUACUGUCAGGAAGAACCACACUGCAGAUCGGAGAAGGACUGCCCACGGACAAAGCCACACUGAUAGUGGUUCACACCGACGGCAGUAUUGUCGAAACAACAGGAUUGAAGUCGUCUAGUACACCUAUAACCCAAGGUCCACAGACUCCAUCCACUCCUCUGGCAUCAGGCCCUGAAAAAGAUGGGACAAAAUACAACUGGGAUCCUUCUGUGUAUGAGAAUGAACUACCAGUCCGAUGCCGAAAUACAAGUGGCAUUUUGUUCAAAAACAAGUUGGGUUCUGGAGGCCGUGGGCGUUGCAUUAAACAUGGAGAGAACUGGUUCACUCCCACUGAAUUUGAAGGGUUGGCGGGUCGCGCUAGCAGCAAAGACUGGAAAAGGAGCAUCCGAUAUGCUGGUCGCUCCCUGCAGUGCCUGAUACAGGAUGGCAUCCUAAAUCCCCAUGCAGCCUCUUGCACCUGCGCUGCCUGCUGUGAUGAUAUGUCUCUGACUGGCCCAGUCAGGCUGUUCGUUCCCUACAAAAGACGCAAAAAGGAAAAUGAACCAACCACUGCCCCAGUUAAGAAGGAAUCUUCCAAGAACAUCACUUUACUGCCUGCAGCAACUGGGACAGCCUUUACAAUGACUCCAGCUGGUCAGAUCACUCCAUCUGGAACAUUGGCCUUUGAGCGAACACCCACGGCGGAUGCCACAGCCAUUAUAUCAGAUGGUACGACACAGGGAGAUGUCUUCACCGGUAGCACAGAGGAUGGCAUCCACCAGGGUCAGACCUGUCGCGACUGGUGGUGGGAUACAGCAAAUAAAACCCCGUACCCUCUACAGGGGCAUGAGGGUCACAGGCAAGGCAGCCGCGCAGGCCUCGGGGUUCCUCAUGUCUGUGGAGAUGAUGCCACUCAGGGACGGCCGCAGGACCAGGUGGAAGGUGUCACAUCAGCUCCCUCCCGCUCACCUCCACACUCUGCUUCGCCAGCGUCACUGGGAGCCGGUGCCAGUCCCGACACACACACGUCGAAGAGUAUCAGUGAGUUUGAGGAGGGAACACAGGUAUUGGCCUCGCUCCCUGCGCUCGCUGUACCGACUCCUCCCACGCCGAGCAAAGUGAUCUCGCCCACUGCCCUGAACGGCCUGGAGGUUGCUGAGCAGCGUAGCUGGCUCUACUUGGAGGAGAUGGUCAAUUCGCUGCUGGCUACAGCUCAGCAGCUGAAGACGCUAAUUGAGCAGGCAAAACAAGCCAGCAUCGCUUCGAAGGACGGUGCCAUUGCUCAGGCCAAGCUGCAGGCAGACACUGAGAGGAAAGGGACCCUGACGCAGUACCAGAACCAGAUACCAUUCCACUCAGCUGACGACGUGGAUGGGAAAGCUGAGCUGAUCAUCAAGCGAACAUGUGUGAACUGUGGCCGUGAAGCAAUGAAUGAAUGUACCGGAUGUCACAAGGUCCAUUACUGCUCAACGUUCUGCCAGCGAAAGGAUUGGAAGGACCACCAGCAUGUGUGUGGGCAGGCAGAAGAUGUGCAGGUGGCGGAAGUGGAUGUGGACAAGGUGAAAGUUUGAGCAUCCGCAAGUUUAUCCGUUGGUGAAGUUGAUCCAGGGUGCUUGGACCAAGCUCUGGAAUCGAAAAACGUCUGUGAACUAUGUGGUGCAGAUUAGCUUCAACGUCGGAAAAACACACUUAAAAGGCAGAAAAUGCUCUGGGAGAGAUGUGAGCCCGGAGCCCUGUUUCCCUAUCUUAAUCCAGGCCCUGGGUCUUGAAAAGGACAUGUUACUGCUCACUAAUAGACACCAGCAUGUGUGUGCUCCACAUGGAGCCUGCAUUGACUUACAGCUGCACACAUUAACCUUGGAUAGAUGGUGAGGAGGGUGUGUUUGUGCAAAGGACAGGGUCUGUUCUGAUCACUGGUAUUGGGGUGAGGGGAUUGUUGGUGGGUGGGAGCUAUGGAGAGGAGGCAAGAGGCACAGUUAGACCACGUUGUUGUGUGUGUUUUGUGAUUGAGCUCAAAAAUUACGUGGAGUGAAGCAGGUUCUGUGUCCGAUAUGGUGAGCAGACUCAUGCAGGUGAGAGCACACUGCCAGCAGGUACAUGGUGUCUUCCAGACUAGCUGAGUGUCCAAGUCCAAAGUCAAGCUGAAGAGCUGUGAUUUUCAAACGCAUUAUAAUCUAAAUUCUCCAUUUUUGUAUUUAUUGGAAGAAAUUGAAUCCUGUAGCAAAUUACAUUUAAAUUCAAAAAGCUGCUUCUGGAAAACAAAUCAGGAGCGGAGGAACGCAGUGUUUCUGAAUGGGUCGAAACACUAUCAGGAGCAGAGGAACGCAGUGUUUCUGAAUGGGUCGAGACUCACUGCCAGGAGCGGAGGAACGCAGUGUUUCUGAAUGGGUCGAGACUCACUGUCAGGAGCGGAGGAACGCAGUGUUUCUGAAUGGGUUGAGACUCACUGCCAGGAACGGAGGAACGCAGUGUUUCUGAAGUGUUGAGACUUGCUCUGUCAGGAGCGGAGGAACGCAGUGUUUCUGAAUGGGUCGAACCACUAUCAGGAGCAGAGGAACGCAGUGUUUCUGAAUGGGUCGAGACUCACUGCCAGGAGCGGAGGAACGCAGUGUUUCUGAAUGGGUCGAACCACUAUCAGGGGCAGAGGAACGCAGUGUUUCUGAAUGGGUCGAGACUCACUGUCAGGAGCGGAGGAACGCAGUGUUUCUGAAUGGGUUGAGACUCACUGCCAGGAACGGAGGAACGCAGUGUUUCUGAAUGGGUUGAGACUCACUGCCAGGAACAGAGGAACGCAGUGUUUCUGGAUGGGUUGAGACUCACUGCCAGGAACAGAGGAACGCAGUGUUUCUGAAUGGGUCGAGAGUCACUGUCAGGAGCGGAGGAACGCAGUGUUUCUGAAUGGGUCGAGAUUCACUCUAUCAGGAGCGGAGGAACGCAGUGUUUCUGAAUGGGUCGAACCACUAUCAGGGGCAGAGGAACGCAGUGUUUCUGAAUGGGUCGAGACUCACUGCCAGGAACGGAGGAACGCAGUGUUUCUGAAUGGGUUGAGACUUGCUCUGCCAGGAGCGGAGGAACGCAGUGUUUCUGAAUGGGUCGAACCACUAUCAGGAGCAGAGGAACGCAGUGUUUCUGAAUGGGUCGAGACUCACUGCCAGGAGCGGAGGAACGCAGUGUUUCUGAACGGGUCGAACCACUAUCAGGGGCAGAGGAACGCAGUGUUUCUGAAUGGGUUGAGACUUGCUCUGCCAGGAGCGGAGGAACGCAGUGUUUCUGAAUGGGUCGAGACUCACUGUCAGGAGCGGAGGAACGCAGUGUUUCUGAACGGGUCGAGACUCACUGUCAGGAGCGGAGGAACGCAGUGUUUCUGAAUGGGUCGAGAUUCACUCUGUCAGGAGCGGAGGAACGCAGUGUUUCUGAAUGGGUCGAGAUUCACUCUAUCAGGAGCGGAGGAACGCAGUGUUUCUGAAUGGGUCGAAACACUAUCAGGAGCGGAGGAACGCAGUGUUUCUGAAUGGGUUGAGACCCACUGCCAGGAACGGAGGAACGCAGUGUUUCUGGAUGGGUUGAGACUCACUGCCAAGAACAGAGGAACGCAGUGUUUCUGAAUGGGUCGAGACUCACUGUCAGGAGCGGAGGAACGCAGUGUUUCUGAAUGGGUCGAGAUUCACUCUGUCAGGAGCGGAGGAAUGUAGUGUUUCUGAACGGGUCGAACCACUAUCAGGGGCAGAGGAACGCAGUGUUUCUGAAUGGGUUGAGACUUGCUCUGCCAGGAGUGGAGGAACGCAGUGUUUCUGAAUGGGUUGAGACCCACUGCCAGGAACGGAGGAACGCAGUGUUUCUGGAUGGGUUGAGACUCACUGCCAAGAACAGAGGAACGCAGUGUUUCUGAAUGGGUCGAGACUCACUGUCAGGAGCGGAGGAACGCAGUGUUUCUGAAUGGGUCGAGAUUCACUCUGUCAGGAGCGGAGGAACGCAGUGUUUCUGAAUGGGUCGAGACUCACUGUCAGGAGCGGAGGAACGCAGUGUUUCUGAAUGGGUCGAGAUUCACUCUGUCAGGAGCGGAGGAACGCAGUGUUUCUGAAUGGGUCGA